GCCCAUUGAUACUCAUCUUCUCCACAUAACAUGAUCUCAUCACCAACACUAUCGUGUGCGUGUGGUCUAUAUUUAUUCUAGAGAACGUUUUGAAAAUCAAUUUUCUUCCUCGUUUCUCAACACUUACUGUAUCAUAACACUGAUUUGGGUUUCGAAGAGAAAUGGUUUACUGUUGCUGUUCAAACAAAUUGCCGUCUACUGCAAUUAUCAAUUUCCAGGGAUAUUCAUCAUUACCUAUCGGUAGAAGCCACUCUAACAAAGCUCUACACUAUUUGUUGCUGUCAUCUUCACAUUCUCCACACUUCCUUCCACUCAGUGACAAACUCCAAACUUUAUCUUCUGGGUGCAAAUUUGCUUCUUUAUCUUUGAGAUCAAAUAAAAAGUCUAUAUACGCAGAGACGGGAAGACAAGGUUGGGAUGUUGGGAAAUUUUUGAAGACGGUAUAUUUCUUUAAUGCACCUCCAUCUCCUGCUAAGUUAUUCGAAUUUCUGGUUGGGAAACUUUCAAAUUCAACAUCUAACGAGCCGGUAAAAGAAAUGGCAACAUCUGAUAUAAUCCUAGUAGUUGGAGCUACAGGUGGUGUUGGGCGUAGGGUAGUUGAUGUCUUGCGCAGGAAAGGCCUCCCAGUCCGAAUCCUGGUUAGGAAUAAAGAGAAGGCAAGAAAAAUGUUUGGUCCAGAUAUUGACUUGGUGGUCGGAGAUAUCACAAAGGAGAGUACUCUAGUUCCUGAGUAUUUCAAGGGAGUGAAGAAAGUCAUUAAUGCAGUUUCUGUCAUUGUGGGUCCAAAAGAAGGGGACACUCCAGACAGGCAAAAGUACAGCCAAGGAAUCAAGUUCUUCGAGCCGGAGAUAAAAGGUGAUUCACCUGAAAUGGUAGAGUAUAAUGGAAUGAAAAAUUUAAUUAAUUCCCUCGAAAAGGGUGUGGGGCAUCGAAAUGGAAAAUUGAUAUUUGGUUUCCAAGAUAGCAUAUCCAAAGAACUCGCUUGGGGUGAGCUAGAUGAUGUUGUGAUGGGAGGUGUCAGUGAAAGUAAAUUUCUAAUCGAUCACUGUGGAAAUGAAUAUGGUGGCCCAACUGGGCUCUUCAAAGGUGUUGUCUCCACCAAAAACAAUGGUGGUUUCACCAGUAUUAGGACAAGGAAUUUUUCCAUACCCGAGGAUCUUUCAGCAUAUGAUGGUCUUGAAUUGCGAAUCAAAGGCGAUGGCCGCCGUUAUAAACUUAUUGUUCGCAUUAGCCCUGAAUGGGAUACCGUAGGGUAUACUGCAAUCUUUGACACAGUAAAAGAUCAAUGGCAAUCGAUACAACUUCCAUUCUCUUCUUUACGACCUAUAUUUCGAGCAAAGACUGUAUUUGAAGCACCACCCUUUGACCCAAGCACAAUCGUAUCAUUGCAGCUCAUGUAUAGCAAGUUUGAGUUUGAUGGCAAACUGAAUCCAACUUUUGAGGAAGGCCCAUUUGAUCUUCCUAUCUCAACCAUAAAAUCAUACUUAAAAGAUCCAAUCACUCCCAGGUUUGUACAUGUUGGAUCUGCUGGUGUUACCCGACCUGACAGGCCUGGUCUUGAUUUAAGUAAACAACCUCCUGCUGUUCGCCUAAAUAAGGAACUUGACUAUAUCCUCACCUUUAAGUUGAAGGGCGAGGAUUUGAUCAGGGAAAGUGGAAUUCCCUAUACAAUAGUAAGACCUUGUGCAUUGACUGAGGAACCUGCUGGAGCUGAUCUCAUUUUCGAGCAAGGAGACAAUAUUACGGGGAAAAUUUCUAGGGAGGAGGUUGCUCGCAUAUGUGUUGCUGCUUUAGAAAGCCCAUACGCAUGUGACAAGACAUUUGAGGUGAAGAGCGUUAUUCCCUUUAGUGAGCCAUUUACGGUGGAUCCUGAAAAUCCCCCACCUGAGAAAGACUAUGACAUUUGCUUCAAAACAUUGAAGGACGGUAUCACUGGGAAAGAAGUCGCGUACCAAAGCCCUGUAUCGGUUUAAUGUUUAUACUUUAUACUGUAUUUAUAGACAAAGGGGGUAUUCUUUCACAUCAUAUAAGUAGAUGGAGUAACACAAAUAAACCUGAACGCGACAAUACUUUGUAAUCAGCAUGAAAUUGUUUUCAGAUCACAAUGCCUCAUGUAGAGGAGUGAUGGGUUAAUGAAAUUGGAUUAGGGAAAGAGAUUAGGUAAUUGAAAAGUGAGGCUUUGAUUUCACGAACCUA